UGAGCAGCAUCUAUAUUUAUAUAAUCGAGAUAGCUUGGUGGCGACUAACUGUAGCACACAGCCAGCUACAGUAUGUCUAGACUUUUUCUAUUACUUACCUUUCCUGUUCUUUUUGAUUUGACCUUUUCGAUUACGUUCUAUUUACCGGUAAAUCUUAGAAAAUGUUUGCGGGAAGAGAUCCACAAAGACGUGCUGGUCACAGGCGAAUACGAAGUUAGCGAACAACCAAAUGCGAAAAACAAUCUCAAGAUUACAGAUUCGUCAGGUCACAUCUUGUACUCCAAGGAGGAUGCUUCAAAGGGGAAGUUUGCCUUUACAACAGAGGACUAUGAUAUGUUUGAGGUUUGCUUCGAAAGCAAAUCCCCCCUAGGUACUGGGAGGGUCACAGACCAGCUGGUCAAUUUAGACAUGAAGCAUGGUGUGGAGGCAAAGAAUUAUGAAGAGAUUGCAAAGGUUGAGAAGCUAAAGCCCCUAGAAGUUGAACUAAGACGCCUCGAAGACUUGUCGGAGUCCAUUGUGAAUGACUUUGCCUACAUGAAGAAGCGUGAAGAGGAAAUGAGGGACACAAAUGAAUCCACCAACAUACGUGUCUUGUACUUCAGUAUCUUCUCCAUGUGCUGUCUAAUUGGGCUGGCAACGUGGCAGGUCUUCUACCUACGGCGUUUCUUCAAGGCGAAGAAACUGAUUGAGUAAAGCCAUCUACGAAGCGGGGACCAUGUUGAGGACGUUUGGGGAAAUGGUGUGCAAUUUGUGAGAGAAAAAGUUGGGUAGUAGCCCCCCUAUACAAUUUUAAUUUAUUUCAGUCUUCUGUCAACUUCAGUUUUUUACUAGCCUCAUCUCAGGCACUGUUUUGAUUAGAAAUACAUGGAUACAUUGGUUUGAGAUUUAUUCAUGCAAUAUUGCAUGAAAAUAAACACUUUUUGUGAGUGCACAAAGCCUCCCAUCACACAUUCAGCUAUUGUUAUGCAAAAAAUAAAGUGUCCCCAGUAUGUCAGGUACAUGGUUGUGUUUUUGAUUAAGAAGGCUUUCACUCUGGGUGUCUUUCAUAUAGCUAUAAAGACUAUACGGCAUUAAAAUACCAGUAAUUACAAUACAUGUCUCAUUUAAUGAGGGAAAUCCUGUUUUUAAAUGAAUCUUUUAUCAUUUGACAAUGUUGGCACACUUAUCUAUUUCCAUAAAGUUCCCAGGCUUUGUACAUUCUUCUCAGUUUUCUGAGAUUUGGUCUAGGUGGUUCCUGUGAAAAACAAGUAUUGUUUAGCAAAUUAAGCUUGGCAUAAAGCAAAUUCUGAUUGUGGA